AUGUUGGUGAAUACAAUUUGGCGGUUUAUUCAAUUUCUUAGACAAAAACCUAACAAAACAACCCAUCCAACGGAUGAAUUAUUGAAAAAUAUUUUUUCUCAAAUAAACGGAAUACUUACGCAAAGGAAAAGUAAAGAAUAUCUAAUUGCAGAACAUGAAAGACAGUUACGGAUUUUUAGUAAUAAGGAAUGUCAUACUAUCACAACUAGCAAUCUAGGACACGUUAGAAAUUUUCAUGAUGUCAAACUACGGCCAAAAAAUAGAAUAUCUAUCUCAAACUUACAACUUGAUAAAGUGCAUACCGGCAGAUUUUUGUUAUGUCAAGUUAUAAGUAAAUGUAUAAAGCUAAACGCUCUUACAACUCUCGUAGAAGAUCCAGAGGGUGAAGUAGAGCGAAUUUGUUUAUAUAAUUGGAUCCAUUCAUCAGCUAUUCCUGCCAAAGGUCGACUUUCCACCGAACAAACAUCAAAGUUUCUACCCAUUGGUACUAAACUUGCAAUCAAGAAUCCUUAUUAUAAGAUUGGUUUGGAUCUUAAAACUAUGAUUCGUUUCGAUAACCCCAGUGAAUGUACAGAUCUAUCGGAAAGUAAAGAGCACAAUAAAACGUGUAAACAAACUGCUGAUGAUUAUCGUCGUCGUGGGAAUGAUUAUUUUGAGUCAAAUAAUUUCAAAGAAGCUGUUGAUGAAUAUUCGAAUGGUAUCAGACUGGAGCCACAUAAUGUAACAUUAAUUGCUAAUCGCGCAGAGGCAUACUUGCGAUUGAAUCAAUUCGGAAAUUCUCUCUCUGACGUGGAAAAUGUUCUCAAACGUGAUCCUGCACAUAUAAAAGCAGGAAUUCGCAAGUGCAAGGCUCUUUGUGGUUUAAAACGUUAUCAGGGUGCCAUCAUCACUAUUCAAGAUUUACAUAAAAGACUGCCAGGUAAUAUUACCUUAAUUAAGCAGCUUAAGCAUGCAAAAAUCGAUGGUAAUUGGAUCUGUGAACAUGGACCGAGGUUGGACCAUGCCGAUUACUUAAAUGACGAUAUUGAGAUUCGUCCUGUAAGGGGUAAAGGAAAAGGUUGGUUUGCCAAACGUGACAUUCCUGAACGUACCCUUUUGAUGGUUUCAAAAGCAUUCGGAAUAGUGUAUAACAAUGAGGCUUCCUCAAUUCUUAGCAUUGAUUUUUUAAAUAGAACCAUGAGCGGUCCUGCACAAUCAGAAUUAGUAAAUCACAUUGCUCAUAAGCUUAUGGCAGAACCCUAUCUUUGCCGAGAAUUGUAUCAGCUAUACGGUGGUCCCAUUGAAAAACUAUAUGAAGACUCGUUACUUACAGUGGAUAUAAUGAAAAUUAAUAGAAUCAUUAGUUAUAAUGCUUUCGACCCAAUGGAUAAAUGGAAAUUUUUGAAAAAUAUCCAAGAUAAAGACACAUUAAGAAACGGAACUGGAGCAGGGCUAUGGAUCUUGCCAUCUUAUUUUAAUCACUCAUGCAUUGAUAUAAAUGUUGAUCGAUUGUGUCUUGGGGAUUUAAUGUUUUUAAGAGCAUGGAGACCUAUUUUGAAGGAUGAGGAACUAAAUAUUAGCUAUUGUUGUCCCAAAAAUUCAUACGAAAUACGAUCUAAACGUCUGAAAAAUUAUGAUAUAGAUUGUCAAUGUCGACUUUGCAUAAAACUCGACUUCGUCGGGUCAAUAUCCUUGAAACUUUUGAAAAGUCUCUCAUUCCUUGAGCAAAGUCAUUGCUUGAUGGCUCUAAAUUUGAUCCUUCUCUCGUCAAAGAAUUUGCCAAACUUUGUUACACGCUCAAAUGGGAAUAUUUAUCAAUCCCUCUCUGAUAUGCAGGAGAUAUAUUACUUAUUUAAAGCAUCUGGACUGCCAUAUCCCGUAAAUGCUCCCACUUUUCAAAUUUCAAUCUUACACUUAAAACUUUGUCAGUUAAAGGAAGCAGAGAAAUGGUUUGACGUAGCAUUCAAGGAGAUUACAGAGCCACUAAAAGGAAAAUAUAAGAAUAAUAAAGUUAAGUGA